GUUGACCCUGAUGAUGCUUGACUGGAGUUCAGCACGCAGUUGCUCGCCGAGACUGUGACACUGCGCAUGUACCUUUCUCCUCUCCGCCGGCCAGCUUCCACACGCCCAGCUCCCACCAAUUCCACGCCACUAGCCCACUGCAACCCAAGGGGCUCCCUCAAUAGAAAUCCAGACGAGUCGGCCCGCGUACCUCUCCUCUCGACGGGAAUUGACGACGGCGGCCGAUCGUUGGACCUACGAGGCAUUUCGAUAAAGAUCUAGGGGAGAUCUAGACGCCAGCACCGCUGAGCGAAGCGUGCAAUAUGGCGACCUUCCUGGAGAACUCAUACAGCCUGGUCCAUCAGGACAACACGGCCGAUAUCCCGUCUCAGAAUGAGCUUAAACAGGCGCUUGAGAAGGGCACCGAUGAGUCCAAGAUUGAGACCAUGAAGAAGAUCCUCUCCAUAAUGCUGAACGGCGACCCUCAGACGGGCCUCUUGAUGCACAUAAUACGAUUUGUUAUGCCUAGCAAGUCCAAGCCUUUGAAGAAGCUCAUGUAUUUGUUUCUGGAGGUAUGUCCGAAGCACGACUCUCAAGGGAAGCUUCGCCAGGAAUGGAUAUUGGUGUGCAAUGCCAUCCGUUUCGAUCUGCAAGCUCCCAACGAAUAUGUCAGAGGAAAUACACUGCGUUUUCUUUGCAAGCUGCGGGAUGCAGAGUUGGUAGAACCGCUUCUACAACCCGCUCGCCAAUGUCUUACCCAUAGACAUGCCUAUGUCCGCAAGAAUGCCACGUUCGCGAUCGCCUCGAUAUACACUCACCUGCCUGAAUUGCUGCCAGAUGCUCCCGACCUGUUGCUCACAUUUCUGGACGAAGAGAAUGAUUCUACUUGCAAACGCAACGCUUUCGUGGCACUUGCGUCCAUUAGCCAUGAAAAGGCGCUUGAAUAUCUGAGUGGAGUUUUCGACUCAAUACCGAAUCACGAUGAGCUUGUACUUCUGGCCGAAUUGGAGUUCAUACGCCGGGACGCUGCUAUCAACCCACAAAACAAAGCGCGAUACCUACGGUUGAUCUUUGACCUUCUCGAGUCCAGUGUUUCGACCGUCAUCUACGAAGCAGCCCACGCCCUCACCACACUCACUCACAACCCAGUAGCUGUUAAAGCUGCCGCCGGUAAAUUCAUCGACUUGGCAAUCAAAGAACCAGACAACAACGUCAAGCUGAUCGUGCUUGAACGGGUUGACCAACUGAGAGAAAAGAAUGAGGGCGUACUGGACGACUUGACCAUGGAGGUCCUCCGUGUCCUCUCGAGCACCGACCUGGAUGUACGGAAGAAAGCGCUCAACAUCGCUCUUCAAAUGGUGACAAGCAGGAAUGUGGAAGAGGUAGUCCUGCUUCUGAAGAAGGAGCUUAUGAAGACGGUCGACGAGCAGUAUGAGAAGAACACAGAAUAUCGAUCCCUGCUGAUCUCCUCUAUUCAUCAGUCGGCCAUCAAGUUUCCAGAAGUUGCUGCCAGCGUUGUUGGCUCGCUCAUGGACUUCAUCUCCGACGCGAGCAGCAACGCCUCUGCUGUGGAUGUCAUCGCCUUUGUGAAGGAGGUCGUCGAACGUUUCCCGGAUCUGCGGCCAUCGAUUGUGGAACGUCUGAUCACGACACUAGGCGAAGUCCGCGCCGGCAAGGUCUAUCGUGGAGUCCUGUGGAUCAUUGGAGAGUUCUCACUGGAAGCGAAAGAUAUUCGCGAUGCUUGGAAGGGUAUUCGCUCCUCUCUUGGCGAGAUUCCUAUCCUUGCUUCAGAACAACGGCUACUGGAUGAGGCUUCUGAAGGAAAAGAACCCGAAGAUCAGGUUAACGGCCACACCAAAUCAUCAGCUCCUUCAGGCUCUCGCAAAGUUCUCGCUGACGGCACUUACGCUACCGAAAGCGCAUUCACUUCCUCAGCGGCGGAUAAGGCGAAAUUGGACGCAGUUAAGAACUCGCAAAAGCCUCCUCUGCGCCAACUCAUCCUCGAUGGGGACUACUAUCUUGCUACUGUUCUGUCAAGCACGCUCACCAAACUCGUCAUGCGACAUUCGGAGAUCUCCAAGGACACAGCACGCACUAACGCUCUUCGCGCGGAAGCCAUGCUCAUCAUGAUCUCCAUCAUCCGCGUCGGCCAAUCACAGUUUGUCAAGACUCAGAUAGAUGAGGAUUCCAUCGAUCGAAUUAUGUCAUGUGUGAGAUCUCUCUCUGAGUUUCCGCAGAGGAAGGAGCUCGAGACGGUGUUCCUCGAGGAUACACGGAAGUCCUUCAGGACUAUGGUGCAGACUGAGGAAAAGAAGCGUGCCGCAAAAGAGGCGGUGGAGAAAGCGAAGUCGGCGAUAAACGUAGAUGAUGCGUUCUCUAUCCGACAGCUCAAGAAGAAAGAUCUGGAUGGGGCUGAUGAAAUUGAGCAAGAUCUGGAGAGAGCGAUGGGCGGCGAUACUGCCACCGAAGAUCUCACCUCAAAGUUGAGCAGGGUUGUACAGCUCACUGGUUUCUCCGAUCCCGUUUAUGCGGAAGCUUAUGUCAAGGUCCAUCAAUUCGACAUCGUCUUGGAUGUUUUGCUUGUCAAUCAGACAACCGAAACCCUGCAAAACCUCACAGUUGAGUUUGCUACGCUUGGUGAUCUCAAGGUUGUUGAGCGGCCUCCUACGCAGAACGUGGGUCCUCACGACUUCAUCAACCUGCAAGCCACCAUCAAAGUUUCAUCAACGGACACGGGUGUCAUUUUCGGCAACGUCAUUUAUGAGGGCGAAAAGGGCGUUGAUUCCAACGUCGUCAUCCUGAAUGACGUGCAUGUGGACAUCAUGGACUAUAUCAAGCCAGCUCAUUGCACUGAGACGCAGUUCCGCACCAUGUGGACAGAGUUUGAGUGGGAAAAUAAGGUCAACAUCAACUCCAAGGCCAAGUCAUUGCGCGAGUUCCUGAAACAGCUGAUGGCAUGCACCAAUAUGAGCUGUCUAACCCCGGAGGCGUCUAUGAAAGGAGACUGCCAAUUCCUUUCAGCCAAUUUGUACGCCAGGAGCGUGUUUGGCGAGGAUGCGCUUGCCAACUUGAGCAUCGAAAAAGAGGGAGAAAACGGUCCUAUCACAGGAUUUGUGCGCAUUCGCAGUCGCUCACAAGGUCUGGCUUUGAGCUUAGGCUCUCUCAAAGGCUUGAACAAGGUUGGCGGAUCGUAGUCGAUAUUGAUUCGAUAAGAAUACCAGCGUUAGGUUCUGUCUUCAGCAGCAAGCUGCGACUUGGCUGCCCACCCACCCGACGGUUGGUUGGCUUGGGUGUUGUGGAGAGUAUGCAUGCUGGUGCGUGCCUGGCCAACAAAAGCCGUUAGAGGCCGGGGGAUUCAUGAGGAACGUCGGUUGCAGAGUAACGGAAUGGGGUAGUGAUAAGACACGGCAGCCAUGGCGGGUUAUGUUCGUUCGAUACUUUAGCAUGCAGCAUCUCUCCAAGACACGAAACUUCC